CGCAGCCAUGGCCCUGGUGACCCUGCAGCACUCGCCCGCGCCCAGCGCCACAUCCUCCUCGGCCAGCAACAGCGAGUUGGAGGCUCGCAGCGACGAAGAUCGAAAAUUAAACCUCAGCUUAAGCGAGAGCUUUUUCAUGGUGAAAGGCGCAGCCCUCUUCUUACAAAAGGGAAGCAGCCCUCAAGGCCAGCGGAGUCUUCAGCACCCCCACAAGCAUGCAGGUGACCUGCCUCAACAUCUUCAGGUGAUGAUCAACCUUCUGCGUUGUGAAGACAGAAUCAAGCUGGCCGUGCGCCUGGAGAGCGCCUGGAUGGACCGGGCCCGGUACAUGUUGGUGGUGUACAGCAGCGGGCGCCAGGACACCAAGGAGAAUAUCUUGCUGGGAGUGGACUUUUCCAGUAAGGAAAGUAAAAGCUGCACUAUUGGGCUGAUUCUCCGACUGUGGAGCGACACGAAAAUCCACCUUGAUGGAGAUGGUGGGUUCAACGUGAGCACAGCAGGAAGGAUGCACAUAUUUAAGCCUGUGUCUGUCCAGGCCAUGUGGUCUGCCCUGCAGGUGCUUCACAAGGCCUGCGAAGUUGCCUGGAGGCACAACUACUUCCCUGGGGGCGUAUCUCUCAUCUGCGCUACCUACUAUGAGAGCUGCAUCAGCUCCGAGCAGAGCUGCAUCAACGAGUGGAAGGCCAUGCAGGACCUGGAGUCCACACGGCCCGACUCCCCGGUGCUGUUUGUGGACAAGCCCACUGAAGGGGAAAAGACCGAGCGCCUCAUCAAAGCCAAGCUCCGAAGCAUCAUGAUGAGCCAGGAUCUAGAAAAUGUGACUUGCAAAGAGAUUCGUAAUGAAUUAGAGAAACAGAUGAAUUGUAACUUGAAGGAAUUCAAGGAAUUCAUAGACAGUGAGAUGCUACUUAUCUUAGGACAGAUGGACAAGCCCUCCCUUAUCUUCGAUCAUCUUUAUCUCGGCUCUGAAUGGAAUGCAUCCAAUCUGGAGGAACUGCAGGGCUCAGGAGUUGAUUACAUUUUAAAUGUUACCAGAGAAAUUGAUAAUUUUUUUCCUGGCUUAUUUGCAUAUCAUAACAUCCGAGUCUACGAUGAAGAGACCACAGACCUCCUCGCCCACUGGAACGAAGCGUAUCAUUUUAUAAACAAAGUGAAGAGGAACCAUUCCAAGUGCCUGCUGCGUUGCAAAAUGGGCGUGAGUCGCUCGGCCUCCACUGUCAUAACCUAUGCAAUGAAGGAAUUCGGCUGGCCUCUGGAAAAAGCAUAUAACUAUGUGAAGCAGAAGCACAGCAUCACGCGCCCCAACGCAGGCUUCGUGAGGCAGCUGUCUGAGUAUGAAGGCAUCUUGGAUUCAAGCAAACAGCGGCACAACAAGCUAUGGUGUCAGCAGACAGACAGCAGCCUCCAGCAGCCUGUGGAUGACCCUGCAGGACCCGGCGACUUCUUGCCAGAGACCCCAGAUGACACCCUGGAAAGCCGGCUGCCCUUCUUGGAUGAUGCUGCCCAGCCUGGCUUAGGGCCCCCCCUGCCCUGCUGUUUCCGGCGACUCUCAGACCCCCUUCUGCCUUCCGACGAGGAUGAAACUGGCUGCUUGGUCCACCUGGAGGAUCCGGAGAGGGAGGCUCUGUUGGAGGAAGCUGUUCCACCUGCAGAGGUGCACAGGCAGGCCAGACAGCCCCAGCAAGGUUCGGGACUCUGUGAGAAGGAUGUGAAGAAGAAACUAGAGUUCGGGAGUCCCAAAGGCCGGAGUGGCUCCUUGCUGCAGGUGGAGGAGACGGAAAGGGAGGAGGGCCUGGGUGCAGGUUGGUGAGGGCAGCUUCCAACCCAGCUCGAUCAAAACCUGCUCAACUCGGAGAACCUAAACAACAACAACAGCAAGAGGAGUUGUCCCGACGGCAUGGAGGUAGGCAGAGCCCGGCCUGCAGGGUGGCACACCUCAUCUCUUCCAUCCCACUCUGAUUGGUCUACCUCAGUCUCUGUAGCAGGGACUACAGGCACCCGCCACCACACCCAGCUGAUUUUUUUCUGUUGCCUCUGCUGGGCCGCCAGCUCCCAUCUCCAGGGACCUGAGGAUUUUUUCAGAGGGUGA